AUGCGAGAAACCGUCUACGAGGAGACUGAGAAGAGUUCCGCCUCUUCAAGUCCGGAUCUCACACCAACACCUUCGUCAUGGUCAGAGAAGAGCAUACGAGAGCCUCUCGAGGAGGUGAUAUUCGAGCCAGAUACAUGCCCACAAUCUACAGAUCUGGAAAGAACACCGACAAACGUUCUCAACAGGAUUGCAUCACGAGUAACAACGCAUUCUCUCAAGGAACCUGGCCCACCACCCGACGGCGGCUUCAAGGCAUGGUUGCAAUGCGCUAUGGCAUGGCUUGUCGUCUUCAACACUUGGGGGUUCUGCAAUAGUUUUGGAACCUUCCAGACGUACUACACUCAAAUCCUUGGAGAGACGCCUGCAACCAUAUCAUGGAUCGGUUCAAUACAAGUGUGGGUGCUGUUCUUCCUUGGGACCUUUGCUGGCCGUGCGAUGGAUGCUGGAUACUUUGUGCCUACCUUCGCUGUGGGUACCGUUUUUCAGCUUGUGGGCAUCUUCAUGACAUCUCUAUCCACGAAGUACUGGCAGCUUUUCCUCGCCCAGGGUGUGUGUACUGGCAUUGGUUCUGGAAUUCUGUUCACGCCUUCCAUGGCACUGCUCAGUACCUACUUCUCCAGUCACAAAGGUCUUGCUGUGGCGCUGGCAACUACUGGUAACUCUGCCGGUGGUGCUCUGUAUCCUCUCAUCGCUCGUCAGCUUCUGCCUCAGAUAGGUUUUGGGUGGACCAUUCGCGUGUUGGGCUUGAUCAACCUCGUCUUUUUGUGCACUGCUGGUCUUGCUAUGAAGCCUAGACUCCCACCUCGCAAAUCUGGACCUUUGGUCGACUUUUCUGCUUUCAAGGAGAUUGAUUAUAUGCUUGUCAGCAUUGGCCUGUGCUUCCACAUGUCGAGCUUGUACUUUACGAAUUGGUACAUUGCGUCCUACGGCCGCGAUAUGCUCGGCUUCUCCUACUCAAACUCUGUCAUUCUCCUAAUCAUUCUCAAUGGUGUGGGCAUUCCCGCUCGUGUCCUGGCAGGUCAUGUCGCAGAUCGCUACCUGGGUGCUCUGAACACUCUUGUCCCCGUUCUGCUCUACGUCAACAUCCUUGCCUUCUGCUGGAUGGGUGUCUCUUCCCAAACCUCACUUUACGUCUUUGUCUCUUUCUACGGACUUGGUCUAGCAGCCUUCCAAUCCCUGAUCCCUACCACCAUCGCAAGAAUGACCAAGGACAUUAGCAAAGUCGGCACCAGAAUGGGUAUGGUGUUUACCUUUUUGUCGUUCGCUUCAUUGGUUGGUCCGCCCAUUGGCGGUGCUUUGCUCUCAGCAGGUAGUGGAUCUUACAUUUAUGCUCAAGCUUGGUCUGGCGCUUCGGCUGCUAUUGGAACUGCUCUUGUUGUUGGUGCGAGAGUUUAUGCUUUUGGCUGGGCAAAGGUCAAGUGCUAG